AUGGCAUCAACUAGUUUCUGUGAUCCUUGUUCCGAAGCUGACAAGUCUUUAACAGCAACAAGGUAUUGCUCAGACUGUGAAGAAAGACUUUGUACAGACUGUGCAGAAUCACAUUGCAGAUUCAGAGCUUUUAAAUCUCACCAUGUUAUCGACCUGUCGUCCAUUGGAUCCAAUAUUCUUAUGUCCGCGAAGAAACACUGCAAUGUUCAUUCAGAAAUGAUAUUGGAUUAUUACUGCACAGAUCAUGAGAUCGUUUGCUGUAGAGCCUGCAUAUCUAGUGAACACAGGGUUUGUCAGAACGUUCUCCCAUUGGAACUUGCCUCGAAAGAUGUAAAAAAGUCUGCACUGUUUAAUGAUGUUAUGGAAGACAUAAUGCAUCUUAUUACAACAUUGAAUGCUUUAGACAAUAACAGAGAGUCAAACUUACAAUCAAUAGAAAAAUCAAAAUCAACAAUAACUAAGAAGAUCCGAGCAGUGAAAUCUAAAUUUUUGAAACAAAUUGAAGAUUUGGAGCGUGAAUUAACGACCACUUUGUCAUCUCUCCAACGAAAACAUGAAAUCGAAAUCAACAAACAAAAGCAAGAAAUAUCGCAAGUCUUGGUCAAUGUUAUAGAAAAUAAAAACGAGAUGGAUUUUUUGAGAGAUCAUGGAUCUAAGAAUCAGCUCUUUAUAUUCCUUCGCCAACAAGUAACAAAUAUUCAUAGUGCUGAGGCAAAGAUUCAGCAGAUAGUAUCUGAUUCACAAGAAUUCGAUAUAACCUUUGACGAAAAGAAAGAUGGUAAGCUUGAGUCUCUCGGGUCACUGUCAGAGUAUGUUCAACAAUGUCAAGUUCAAUACAAACCAAAGAAAUUUCAACAAGCCCAGAUAAAGGCGGAACCAAUGAAAAACAUUCUUGGGUUUGAGCAGGAUACGGAAGUACAACUGAAAACUGGGGAAAAAUAUGUUCUUUGGGAUGUGUCUAUCACACAUGAUAAUAAGCUACUCCUCAUUAAUAAAUCGUCAACAUAUUCAAAACUGUAUGUUUACAGAGACUGUAAAGAUUAUGAAACAGAGAUAACUUUUUCCUCCGCACCUGUUUUUGUUGCUGUGAUACCUGGUACGGACAGAGCUGUUAUUACCCUACCUAACGAGGGGUCUAUACAAUUUAUAAAUACGACAACGAUGACAAAGUCCGACAAAGUCAACAUGGGAUUUACAUGUUAUGGUAUCACUGCUGGACGUGACAGAAUUUACGUUGGUGGUCAAGGUGGUACUAUCAAAACAUUAGACACAAAUGGGACAAUUCUAACAACGAUUCGACAAGGAUCUGAUGAAAUUUUCUUCAUGGUAUACAAUGAUUUACAAGAUCAGUUGAUUGUUAGAUGUGUUGGUAAACUCCUUUGUAUCAAAGUAGAUGGAACACUAGUUUACAGUAAAGAAGUUUCUGGAAUAGCAGAAGUAACACUUGAUCGACAGAGGAACAUUUAUGUGGGCGGUUAUGAGACCAACAACAUACAAAAAAUGUCAUCAGAUGGAAGGAUUUGUGAAGAAAUGCUAAACAAAGACAAUGGCAUUGAACGUCCGUAUGGAAUGUGUUUUAACAAUGACUUCACCAAACUGUUUGUUAUUAAUAACGGUUGCAAAUCCGUACAUGUAUUCAAAUGCAAGUGA